UGAUCUGGGAUGAUAGGGUGGGGGGACGUGUAUAAGGUGGCGGCGGCGAUGGCGCCGCUGUACGUGGCGCUGGUGCUCGGCUACGGGUCGGUGAGGUGGUGGAAGGUGUUCACGCCGGAGCAAUGCGGCGCCAUCAACCGCCUGGUGACGCUCUUCAUCCUCCCCUUCUUCGGCUUCGACUUCACUGUCCACACCAACACGCUGGCCAUGAACUACCGCGUGCUGGCGGCCGACGCCAUCGCGAAGGCGCUGGCGGUCGUCGCGCUGGCGUGCGUGUGGGCGGCGGCGGCGUGCGUCGGCAGGACGGCGAGGGAGAAGAAGGAAGGCGGAUCGGGCGGGGGGUGGGCGGUGACGGGGUUCGCUCUGGCGGCGCUGAACAACACGCUGGUGGUCGGGGUGCCGCUGGUGCGGGCCAUGUACGGCAAGUGGGCGCAGGACCUGGUGGUGCAGCUCUCCGUGCUGCAGGCCGCCGUGUGGUUGCCGAUGCUCCUCUUCGCCCUCGAGCUGCGGAAGACCAGGAUCGGCUUCUCUUCCUCGACCGCCCCCAUGAGGAGGAGGGCACAGAAAGCGCAGACAACAAGUGCAGUGUCAUUUCGCGUGUUGAUGAAGACAGUCUGGGUUAAGUUCGGUCAUCCAAACUUCUGGGCGAGCAUGGUCGGCAUCACCUGGGCCUCCAUUGCCAGCAGAUGGCGCAUUGAGAUGCCGAGCAUAAUCGAAGGAUCAGUGCAGAUCAUGUCGAGGGCCGGUGCCGGAAUGGCUAUGUUUAGCAUGGGACUGUUCAUGGCACUGCAAGAGAAGUUGAUCGCCUGCGGGCCGAGAUUGACGGUCGUCGGAAUGGCUUUGCGGUUUAUCGCGGGACCUGCAGCCGCCAUGGUCGGUGCCAUCGCCGUAGGACUCCGCGGGGACGUCUUGCGUCUGGCUAUCAUACAGGCUGCGUUACCUCAAUCGAUCACCACAUUUGUCUUCGCAAGGGAGUAUGGGUUGCAUGCUGAGGUGCUCAGUACAGCUGUCAUCUUUGGAACGCUUGUUUCCCUGCCUGUGCUAAUUGCAUAUUACGUUCUUCUGGGUUUAAUAAGAUGAUGACACUCCAUUGCCCAUCACAAAUAUAUGUACAUAAAUAACAAUUUUUCGUUUUUAGUUCUCUUAGCAGUUAUGUUGGACUCUUUUUACUCCCCAUUUGAU